CCGCCCACCCCGCCGCCAGCCAUCCUCCUCAGCCUCCCUCUCCCCGCCCACCCCACGCCCACUCGCCUGCCCGCCCAGCAUGAACGCUGCCGCCUCCAACCUCGUCAUCUCCCUCGUCGCCAUGCAGGGUGCGUCCCCCACUGCGCCCGUCUGGCAGGGACAAUGUAUGCUGACCGGCCGCGCACGCGCCCACCGCACAGUCGCGCGGAAGAUGGACUUUGACGACCCGCAGGUGUUGGUGAGCGUGCGCAUCGCGUAUGUGACCGUGCAGGCGGUCAUUCUGGCAGCGUACUACUAUGUGUCAUACAAAGUUAAGCAGAAGAACGACCUCACGGUUCUCAAGUAUGUUGAGCCCGCAAAUCCAAUGAGCGGUGAUCAGGGCAACCUCGUAACGACAACCAUCAAGGACUACGACCUCGCAGAGACCUCCAAGCUCAUCCGUUCCGUCUACAUGGGUCUCGCCAUGAUGUCCUUCAUGCACCUAUACAUGAAGUACACCCAGCCACUCUUCAUCCAGGCGCUGAUGGGCCUCAAGAACCUCUACGACGCCAAGCCUGUCGCGAUCCACGUCCUCGGCAAGCCAGCGGAGGGCGACCUCAAGCGGCCCUUCAAGGCCGGCGGCUUCAUGGGUGCUGCGGCGGAACCGAAGACGGACAAGGCGGCGAUCGACGAGGCAGAGAAGCGCGUCGCGAAGAAGGACGAGUAGAGUGCGUUUCGAGUGCUCUCGGGUCCCUUGGGUUGGCCCCCUUCUGUGUAAAAGUCGCUCACUGUCUGGGCUGGGUGUGUUGCUAUUGGGUACACGUAUGUAAUGCAAUAUAGAGUGCGGCGAACGAUCGGGGUCCACACUUGCACUU